AUGGCAGAGGGCAAGGCGGGCGGAGCGGCUGGCCUCUUCGCCAAGCAGAUGCAGAAGAAGUUCAGCAGGGCCCAGGAGAAGGUUCUGCAGAAAUUGGGGAAAACUGUAGAAACCAAAGAUGAGCGAUUUGAACAAAGUGCCAGCAACUUCUACCAACAGCAGGCAGAAGGUCACAAGUUGUACAAGGAUCUGAAGAACUUCCUUAGCGCAGUCAAAGUGAUGCAUGAAAGCUCAAAGAGAGUAUCAGAGACCCUGCAGGAGGUCUACAGCAGCGACUGGGAUGGACAUGAGGACCUGAAGGCCAUCGUGGGGAACAAUGACCUCCUUUGGGAAGACUAUGAAGAGAAACUGGCUGACCAGGCUUUGAGGACCAUGGAGAAUUAUGUGUCGCAGUUCAGCGAGGUUAAGGAGAGGAUUGCCAAGCGGGGUCGGAAACUGGUAGACUACGAUAGUGCCCGCCACCACCUGGAGGCCGUGCAGAAUGCUAAGAAGAAGGAUGAAACCAAGAUGGCCAAGGCAGAGGAAGACUUCAGCAAGGCCCAGAUUGUAUUUGAAGAUCUGAACCAGGAACUCCUGGAGGAGCUGCCUAUUCUUUAUAACAGUCGUAUUGGCUGCUAUGUGACCGUCUUCCAAAACAUUUCCAACCUGAGAGAUGUCUUCUACAGGGAGAUGAGCAAGCUGAACCACAAUCUCUACGAAGUGAUGAGCAAACUGGAGAAGCAGCAUUCCAACAAAGUCUUUGUGGUGAAGGGCCUGUCAAGCAGCAGCAGACGCUCCUUAGUCAUCUCUCCCCCAGUACAAAGCUGUGCAGCCCCCAGCCCUGUCAGCCCCACCAGCCCCACCAGUCCCGCCAGCCCGGUGACCUCACCCACUAGCCCCUCUGCGACCAGUGAGCGGGAGUCUGUCUCAGCCGCGGGAGAGGAGCUGACCUCUGCGGCAGGGGGAGAGGACAGCUGUGAGAGCGAAGAGUCCUUAAAGGAUGAGGAAGUGGACGAAGCCCAGUCAGAAACAAGCUCUUCAGAGGAGGAGGACGAGGAGGACGAGGAGGACGAGGAAGACGAGGAAGACAAGGAGGAUGAGGAAGAGCCUCUACCAGCCUGCAACGGCCCCACCCCCGCCCCAGCCUCUCCUGCAGCUGAGGUCAAGUCCCAGGAGAAAGCUGCUCAGAGCUCCCCAGCUCCGUCUCUGGGCAGAGGUCAGACAGGGAAGGAUGCUCCUUCCCCAGGAGAUGUGGUCCUCCGUGCCCGCGCCUCCAGUGAGGGAGCAGAGCAGAGCAAAAGCGCAGCAUCCAUCCAGAGGACGUCGGCCCCGCCCAGCAGGCCUCCGCCACCCAGAGCCUCAGGCAGCGGGCCCAGCAGCUCCCCAGGUUCUGCAGAGGGCUCGCAGCUGUGCAGCCCCAGGGCCUCCUCAGACGCCUCUUCCAAUCCAGAACCACCAGAGACCAGAGAAAAGGAAGGCACUAGCAGCUCAGGCCCAGAAGAGCCCCAUGCCGCCUCCACCAAGAGCGCCACCCAGGUAUUUACCAGUGAAAACACAGAACUCUGAAGAGCAACUGCCAAGGACCUAAGCUCGUCUGCCCAGAGAAGUUUCUCAAGCAGAAGGCCAAGGGUACAAGCCACAUCCAAGCCACGUUCUCAGGCAGUAUGAAUUCGUACCCUCAGAGACCCGCCCGCCAUUGCUGGCGUCUGCACCAGCUGGAGGGAAGGAGGAGGGCACCACACACACGGAGCAUUUUACCAGAGGCUUGAGCAGUGAUAAUAGAAGCAGGGCUGUAAUGAUGCCACAGAAAAGCCUCCUUGGGCACGCCCACACGGUCAGAGGACAUCUGUCCAGCUAGCCCCUCACUUGGCAAAGAG